UGCUCAGUCACCACAGCUGAGAGUGACAGCCGGGCACUUUUUGGGAGAGAAAAACUCCUCUGGACCCUGAGGGAGACGUUAACCAUUUCUGGAGGAGUUCAGAAAGACAGAGAGUUCUUUGCUUUAGGCAAUCUCCACAAGUGAUGGAGGGCCAGUCCGGUGGCUGUGAGGAAAGACCAUUCCACGUUGUGACUCCUGUGCUAGAGAGCAUGGCCCUUUCCGAAGCUGCUGGCACCAGAGUCUAUAUGAAGUUGGAGAAUGUCCAGCCCAUGGGUUCCUUCAAAAUCCGAGGUAUUGGCUACUUUUGCCAACAGGUUGCCAAGAAGGGCUGCCAACAUUUCGUUUGCUCAUCAGGUGGCAACGCCGGCCUUGCUGCAGCAUACGUUGCCCCCAAACUUGGCAUCCCUGCCACCAUUGUUGUACCUGGAAGUGCCGCACCAUCGACGGUGAAGAAGCUGAAGAAGUUAGGUGCAGAGGUGGAGAUCUUUGGGAAAGUGUGGGAUGAUGCCAACACCAGAGCCAUGGUGCGAGCUGAGACAGAUGGCUGGGUCAAGGUCCACCCUUUUGACCAUCCUUUGGUGUGGAAGGGCCACAGCACCAUCAUCAAGGAGCUGAGAGACUCCCUAGAUGCCAAGCCAGGAGCUAUUGUGCUCUCUGUGGGCGGAGGUGGGCUGCUGGCUGGGGUGGUAUCCGGUCUGCAAGAAGUGGGUUGGAUGGAUGUGCCCAUUGUUGCUGUGGAGACAAAAGGUGCUGACAGCUUCAAUGCAGCUAUCAAAGCAGGACAACUCAUCACUCUUCCUGAUAUAACCAGUGUGGCAAAGUGCCUUGGGGCCAAGAGAGUGGCACAGAGGGCCUUGGAUUGUGCCAGUGAGUGUUCAAUUGUCUCUCAUGUGCUGGAUGACGUGGAAGCUGUGGAAGCCAUAGAGCGGUUCCUGGAUGAUGAGCGCAUGUUGGUGGAGCCGGCCUGCGGGGCCUCUCUGGCCCUUCUGUACUCGGGCUACAUCCAGCGGCUGCAGGAAGAGGGACGGCUGAGCUGGCAGCUGGAUUCCAUUGUGGUCAUUGUGUGCGGGGGAAGCGGCAUCCACAUGGAGGAGCUCCAGACCCUGAAGAGGCACCUGAGGAUGAAAUGAACAAGGGCAACGCUUGACGUGGAAACCGGGCUGGCGAGGAAGCUUUCGUCGGCUUAGAGUAGGGCCUGGGGAACCCCUUUUCAUCCCAAGGGCCGUGUUCCCUUCCGGGCAACCUUCCAGGGGCCACAUGCCUGUGGUGGGUGGGGUCAGAGGCAAACUUGGGCGGAGCAAUGAACGCCAAUUUUACUUUUGUGCAGUAGGCCAGUUUCUACACACACGCACACACCCCUCCCUCCCAGGCAAGCGAGAAGGCUUCGAGGACACAUUGCAGCCAGGAGAAAGGGCUUGGGCGCAAAGCAGGACCAGUGAGGGGUGUGGCCUGAGGAGAGAGGGUGCAGUUCUGAGGGCCAGACAGAGAGGCCUAGAGGGCUGCAUUUGGCCCCCGGGAUUGAAGCUCUCCAACCCCAUUUUAGCGAUUAGAUGCCAGGCGCCCUUUGCCCUGUCUCCCUGUCCCACACACCAUUGGGCUGCCAUAACGGCUGCCAGGAAGGAAUUCUACACUCCCAGUUCAGACCCAUGAAUGAUCCUGGGCUGUUGGGUGUUUAAGACCCUGCUACUGGCUUGGCUUUACCUCUCCAAGUCAUCUGGAAGGAUUUGGCAUCUGCAGAUGGCAUCUUCAUGGGACAUUUUUUUCAGUGAAUGCUGAAGGCUCGUCUCUCUGCCCUGCCCUUUGACCCUUGAGGCAUACGUUUUCAGGACCCACUCUAUUCAUAGAAUCAUAGAAUAGUAGAGUUGGAAGGGGCCUAUAAGGCCAUCAAGUCCAGCCCCUUGUGCAAUGCGGGAAUCCAAAUCAAAGCAUUCCUGACAGAUGGCUGUCCAGCUGCCUCUUGAAUGCCUCCAGUGUUGGAGAGCCCACUGCCUCUCAGAGCUUGGAAAAGUUACUUUUUUGAACUACAACUCCCAUCAGCCCCAGCCAGUAUGUGCUGGCUGGGGCUGAUGGGAGUUGUAGUUCAAAAAAGUAACUUUUCCAAGCUCUGCUCUCUAGGUAAUUGGUUCCAUUGUCGUAUGGCUCUAAGUUAGGAGUUUUUUUCUGAUGUCCAGUUGAAAUCUGGCUUCAUGCAACUUGAGCCCUUUAUUCCAUGUCCUACACUCUGGGACGAUUGAGAAGAGAUCCCGGCCCUCCUCUAUGUGACAACCUUUCAUGUACUUGAAGAGUGCUAUCAUAUCUCCCCUCAGCCUUCUCCAGGCUAAACAUGCCCAGUUCUUUCAGUCUCUCCUCAUAUGGCUUUGUUUCCAGUCCCCUGAUCAUCCUUGUUGCCCUCCUCUGCAGCUGUUCCAGUUUGUCUGCAUCCUUCUUGAAGUGCGGAGACCGGAACUGGAUGCAGUAUUCAAGAUGAGGCCUAACCAGUGCUGAAUAGAGGGGAACUAAUACUUCACGCGAUUUGGAAACUAUACUUCUGUUAAUGCAGCCUAAUAUAGCAUUUGCCUUUUUUGCAGCUACAUCACACUGUUGGCUCAUAUUCAUAUUCUUGCGAAUGUAAUCGUAAUGAAUUUUGUUGUUUUUAACAUUGAAUUUUAAAAUUUUAAACUGUAAUAAUAAUAAAAUGUGUUAUUUCC